AUGACGUCACCUCAACACCCAGUUCACGGAAGUUGGAAGUUUCUUGUUUCCUGAAGUCCGCCCCUUUUCUUAUUUAACCACACUACAAAGAAGCAGUUUUUGGAACUAAGGGAAAACGGAGAACGGUUUAGCAAUCUAAUCGUUACUCAAAUUAGAAGUCUUUUUUGUGUGUGUGUGUAAAAAAAAAACCUUUUCGCGGUUGUGUACGGAAGGCGGCGGGGGCAGGACGCAAAGUUUACACAUCACUCCAUCUGAAGAUGUUGGCCUCAAAUCUCUCCGCUGAACUCCAUGAUGACCACGCACAAAAAGUGGACAAAUACCUGCACCAGUUCCAUCUGUCAGACAAGACUUUGAUGGAGUUGUCUAUGAGAUUUCGGCGAGAGAUGGACAAAGGCUUAUGCAGGGACACAAAUCCCACAGCCGCCGUCAAGAUGCUGCCAACGUUUGUGCGUUCUACUCCUGAUGGAACAGAACAAGGCGAGUUCCUGGCUCUCGACCUCGGCGGAUCCAACUUCCGAAUCCUGCUGGUCAAAGUGAAGGGCAACGGCGACCAGAAGGUGGAGAUGGAAAGCCAGAUUUAUGACAUUCCUGAGCUCGUCAUGAGGGGCAGCGGCUCUGAUUUAUUUGACCACAUCGCCGACUGUCUGGCUAAUUUCCUGGAGAAGAUGGGGAUAAAGGAUAAAAAGCUUCMUCUGGGUUUCACCUUCUCGUUUCCCUGCCAGCAGACCAAAUUGGAUGAGAGCGUUCUGAUUUCUUGGACCAAAGGCUUCAGGCUGAGUGGAGUGGAAGGCAACGAUGUGGUCAGCCUACUGAGGAAGUCCAUCAAAAAACGAGGGGUAAAAGAAAACUGUUAUUCCCUGUUAUGGGAGUGUUUCCCCAAAACGUUUGAGAAGAUGAUAAGUGGGAUGUACAUGGGGGAGCUGGUGCGUCUCAUCUUGGUGAAGAUGGCCAGAAAGCAGCUGCUGUUCCAGGGACAGACCACGCCACAGCUUCUUACCUCUGGAUGCUUCAGCACCAACUAUAUCUACGCCAUUGAGAGCGACAAAGAUGAAGAAGGUCUGGCGAGCGCCAAGAAGGCGCUCCGCAGUCUGGGCCUGGACCCGUCUGCUGAAGAYUGCACYGCCACUCGGAGGAUUUGCCAGAUCGUUUCCACCCGGGCCGCACACCUGUGCGCCUCCACCCUGGCGGCAGUGAUGCGACAGAUCCGGGACAACAAAGCGGCGGAAAAGCUGCGCAUCACCAUCGGAGUGGAUGGCUCGGUCUACAAGGGUCAUCCGGAAUAUUUGUCCAGCCUGCUGAAUGUUCUUGUAAUUAUUUUUAAUUUCCCUUUGUUUUUAUCUGUGUGCCAGCUCUUCAACCACAUUGUUUACUGCAUUGCUGACUUCCUGGACUACAGGGGAAUGAGUGGAGCGUCCUUACCUCUGGGGUUCACGUUCUCUUUCCCAUGUGAUCAAACCAAGCUGGAUGAGGGAAUCCUUCUGAAGUGGACGAAGGGCUUCAAAGCCAGCGGCUGUGAGGGGAAAGACGUCGUUAAGCUGCUGAAAGAGGCGGUCCAGCGCAAGCAGGUCAGUGCACGCACAGGGACCAACGCCUGCUACAUGGAGGAAAUGCACAAUAUCGAAACGGUGGAGGGAAAUGAAGGCCGCAUGUGCGUCAACGUGGAGUGGGGGGCAUUCGGCGAAAACGGUGAACUGGACGACUUUUGCACAGAGUUUGAUCAUGCUGUCGACGAAUCCUCCAACUACCCUGGGAAGCAGAGGUACGUGAAAAUCAGGAAUCAGAGCAAACACAAGAAGAAAAAGUCCGCUGCUAACGGCAGCCCRUACACACGGCUCCUGAAACGGGCCAGCUGUCGGAGCCUGACGUCUUCCUCCGUUAUCAGCCGCACUCUUUGUGUCGGCGGCUCCAGAUGCAUUGUGAGAGCACCUGGCGCUAAAACGAACAGAGUUGUCCAGUAUGGGUCCCUGAACUGCCCCUGUUCCCACAGCGACCGGCUGGCCAUGCGUCAGGUCCGCUCCAUCCUGCAGCACCUGGGCCUCACCGGCUCCACGUGCGACGACAGCGUCCUGGUGAAGGAGGUGUGCAGCGUYGUGGGUCGCCGCGCGGCGCAGCUCUGCGGCGCCGGUUUGGCCGCUCUYGUUGACAAGAUCCGGCAGAACCGCAACCUGAACCAGCUGUCCAUCACGGUGGGAGUGGACGGUACCCUUUAUAAGACCCAUCCUCAUUUCUCGAGGAUCAUGCAGGAGACCCUGCAGGACUUGGCCCCGCAGUGCGAGGUGACGUUCCUGAAGUCGGAGGACGGCAGCGGGAAAGGAGCGGCGCUCAUCACGGCCGUGGCCUGCAGGUUGAAGAGCGAGCAGUCGCUGUGAAACCUGCGAAAACUUCUCCCUGUGGGUCAACAGGCGCACUGUGUUCAGUCGGUCGUCACUCUUUAACGUUUUGUUUCGAUGUGAGCGCGUUCACACGAGGGUGUCCGUUUAACGGCGCGAGGCGAAGCUGUGACGGAUGUUCGGUCGGGUGCGAACUGAGCUCAGAAAUCGCAGUUCUGCUGAUAACGAACCCGCACCUUCGGUGAGACCAGACUGUUACGAGCUCCUAGCUUUUUGUUUUUACACUCCGUCGUCGUAUUUUACUUUUAUUUUAGUUCUGUUUUUAAGUCAAGUCUGUGAAAAAUWAAACUUUUUAGCACAUUUACUGUCUGGCAAGUUUAGAAGAGCACAUUCCUGAACCAAAGAGAAGCAACCCAAUACAUUCAGCAGGUAAAUGAAGCAAUAAUUUGUCUUUCCUUUUUUACAUUUUAUUUAAGUUUUAGAGCAAUUUCACAUUGUUACAGGAAACUUCAGAAAAUAUGCAAAAUUGUGAUGAAAUGUUUUUAAGCAAUUAUAUGUUUUUAAAAUUUAAACACUAGUCACACAUCGGAAACAUGAAGAUGUUUUAGAAAUUGCAGAUGCUCCACAUAACUGGAGGUAUAAAUAAUUCAAACUGUGCAGUUCUGAUUGUAUUAUGAUGUGCUGUGAAAAAUAUCAACUCCAAAUAAAGUGAGAAAUUACCAGGGUCUUUAUUAUUAUUAUUAUUAUUAAUAUUAAUCAAUAAAACCAAGAUUACUCCAACAUGGGCUCACUUGUUGAGAGAAUAAAGAGGACAAUCUGCACCUCCAUAAUUGGACCAAUCAGUUUAAUUUGUAGUUUUUCUCUUCACAAAGCAUAUGUUCAUUGGCUUUUUUGUUUUUACGAAAUGAUUACCUUACAAUGGAAAACUACCCUGAAUACACAUAAUCAGACAGCUCUGAAAAUACUGUAACAUGUGAUCUUCAUUUUCACUGUUUUUUAUCCAACCAAACCCAAUAAAUCUUACUUGGCUAUGUUGUU